GGCCCUCGCCGGUCCCCCCCCCAAGUUCAGUGUCGCCAUGACGGGGGAGUCGAACGGGGGUCUAUGUUAGCACUCCACCCGAAGCCAGUAGCGAGGUCACUCGAGGACUGCCGUGGCGUGGGAAGGGUCGUGACCUCUGAUUGACAGAAGUGUGUGAUCUUCCUGUGCUAUACCCUGCCCCCAAGCCCCACCCCAAGCAUCUGGCACUGGUGAGCCCCGCCCCCCCUCCCCUCACACGUUGAUGCCCCCCGGGCCACCCCCCACUGCUGCUGGUGCCGCGCCAUGGCAGGGGGAGUGGCAGCCCCCGGCAGGGAGAUGCGCCCUGCACCCCCAAAGGCCCCAGAUUUGUAAGAGAGGGUGAGGAGCCCCAUGGAGACUCCCCCGCUAAGCCCCGGCCCCGCCCCGACCCAGGAAACCUACCUGCUGUGGGGGGAGGGCCAGGAUGCCCUGCCCCGGCACCACAGCUGGCCCCGCAGCCUGCCCAGGGUGUGCCGGCCAUGGAGACUGUGGCACCGUGCGGCCCUGUGCCUGGCCGGCCCUCGGAAGGCCUCCUGGCGGCGCUGCCUGCUGGCGCUGGCCAUCCUGUUGCUGCUGCUGUUGCUCUACUCGCUGGGGGAGUCCUCACACCGCUCCAUCAUGAGCUUCGUCGUCUGUUCCAGCAUGGUGCGUGGCAGACCCCCAGAGGCCGCCUUCCGCUGCAACGGCCCCCCAACCAACGCCUCUGACCCCCGCCAGCCGCCCCCGCACCCCCACGCGCCGCCCCGCCCCACCCAAAGUCGGCUUCGCGAGGACCCCAAGGUGUUGCUGUUCACCGAGACGCAGUAUUCAAAGACCGGCCGAGCGAUUGUCAACAUAUUGGUGGCUAAUAGGAUAAAGUACAAGAUGGAGGUGCUCGGCAAAUCGUUACCUGGACUGACCAACCUCUCGCGGGGGAAGUAUGGCGUCGUCGUGUUUGAGAACUUUGAACGCUACCUCCAAAUUGACCCCUGGAACCGAGAACUGCUGGACAAGUACCUCAGGGAUUAUGGAGUGGGCCUGGUGGGGUUCAUGCCAGCCAGGGAAGAGACGCAGGUGGGGGCCAAGUUGAAAGGGUUCCCACUCUACGUACACUCGAACUUGGCGCUUGAGAACAUCACCCUCAACCCCGACAACCCCGUCCUGCGGCUCACCAGGGCGGGCGGCACCGUGGAGGAGCCGCUGCCGGGGACUGACUGGACGGUUUUCACCCCCACUGACGCCACCUACAUCCCCCUAGAGUGGGCCGCCCCCUCCCUCCCACACUUCUCCGAUGAGCGACUGGUGGUGUCCAUAUUGGACAAGGGUGACUAUGACGGGAUCUCCAGAGUCCUGUUCGGGGGUAACCUAGACUUCUGGCUGCACCGUCUACUGUUCCUGGAUUCCGUGUCCUACCUCAGCCUGGGCCGCAUCUCCCUCUCGCUGGAGCGCUAUAUCCUGGUGGACAUCGAUGACAUAUUUGUGGCCAAGAAGGGCAUACGCAUGACUCCCGAUGAUGUGGAGGCCUUGCUCGCCUCACAACAGAGACUAAGGGAGAUGGUACCUGACUGGCGGUUCAACCUUGGCUUCAGCGGCAAGUACUACCAGAAUGGCUACCCAGAGGAGAACGAUGGGGACAAGAUGCUCCUGGAGCACGUGGAUGAGUUUUGGUGGUUUGGUCACAUGUGGGGCCACACUCAGCCACACACACUGACGGAAGACAAGCUGGAGCACCAGAUGCAACUCAACAAGCAGUUUGCUCUCGCCCACAACAUUCCUACUGACUCAGGUUACAGCAUUGCCCCGCACCACUCCGGCGUGUACCCAGUGCACGAGCCGCUGUAUGACGCCUGGAAGAAGGUGUGGAACGUCCGAGUCACAUCCUCAGAGGAGUACCCACACCUCUACCCGGCCAGGCUCAGGCGCGGCUUUAUCCACAGAAACAUUAUGGUGCUGCCCAGACAGACUUGUGGGCUGUUUACACACACGGUUUUCAUCGACAAGUACCCCGGUGGUCGCAGCGCCUUGGACACAAGUAUACACGGCGGGGAGCUCUUCCUCACCGUUGUGUAUAACCCCAUCAGCAUCUUCAUGACUCACCUCAGCAACUAUGGCAACGACCGCCUGGCUCUCUACACCUUCGAGUCCGUCAUCAAGUUCGUCAAGUGCUGGACGAACCUCAGCCUGCGCACCGUUCCCCCGCUGCAGCUGGGCGAGAAAUACUUCCACAUCUUCCCCAACGAGAGGGAUCCAGUCUGGGGAUACCCAUGCGCAGACCGGAGACACAUGCAGAUCUGGGCCAAGGAGAAGUCGUGUGAACAGCUCCCAAAGUUCCUGGUGAUCGGCCCGCAGAAGACUGGCACCACGGCCCUCUACACCUUCCUUGCCAUGCAUCCAGCCAUUGUCGCCAACUACCCCUCGGCUGACACCUUUGAGGAGAUCCAAUUCUUCAAUGGAAAGAAUUACUAUAAGGGCAUUGACUGGUACAUGAGUUUCUUCCCAGUGCCAGCCAACUCAUCAAGCAAGUUCCUGUUUGAAAAGAGUGCCACUUACUUCGAGGGCGAGAUGGUGCCACAGCGAGUGAAGGCCCUGCUACCCCAUUCCAAGCUGGUCAUCACAGUCAUCCCCCCCAGUAAGCGCGCCUACUCCUGGUAUCACCACAUGCGGGCCCACAGCGACCCCACAGCCCUCCAGUUCUCCUUCCACCAGGUCAUCACGGCCACCGACGGGGACCCCAGACCUCUACGCAACCUCAGGAAUAAGUGUCUAGUGCCAGGGAUGUAUGCCAAGCACCUGGAGCGCUGGCUGGACCACUUUGCUGCCUCUCAGGUCAUCCUCAUCGACGGGGAGGAGCUCAGGAAUGACCCGGUGUAUGUUAUGAAUGACCUCCAGCGCUUCCUCGGCAUACAGCCCUUCUAUAACUAUACCGAACAUCUAAGGUAUGAUAAGCGUAAAGGGUUCUUCUGCCAGGUGACGGAAGGGGAUAAGACUAAGUGCCUGGGGCGAGGGAAGGGCCGAGUGUACCCCCCCAUGAACGAGUCUGACGCCAAGCUCCUCAAGGAGUACUACCAACCCUACAAUGUGGCACUCGAGAAGCUGCUCACCCGCCUGGAUUACCCCGUUCCCGGAUGGCUGGAAGAGGAGCUACAGUGACCCGCCUUCACCCAGAGGUCACCCGGCAAGGUCACCCAAAGUUUGGCGCACCUAAGUGUUCCGUCGCAGGUGUAAGGUCAGCCAGAGGUCAUGUCCCCCGUUAGGUCAAGUCACCCAGUAUAUACCCUCACCCAAAGAUGAGUUUUGUUCCUAUUUUUGGGUGUGUUUGUCAGUGUGAAUGCAUCUUUUUUUUCUCUUUUUAUUGGUGUAUUUAUUUAUUUAUUUGUUUAUAUAUUUUUUGUGGCAUAGGAAGGCACACACCGCAACCCCCAAGCGAGAGUAAAGGGAAGAUGAUGUCGAAAGGUCAGUUUUGGCGCGGAAGUUCUCUCUACGUUUGACCUCGAUUCAGGAAAAAGAAGAAAUUGACCCAAGAAAAUUUUACUCCAGAGAUAAAAAUGAAUUAUUGCCUGAAAAGAAGUGUGAGAACUGGUUUUCAUGUGUAGAAUUUUCAGGAAAGAGAAGAAAUGGACUCAAGAAAAUUUUAGUUGAGAGGCAAAAAUGAAUUAUCACCUGAAAAAAAAUUGUGUGAGGAUUGGUUUUCAUGUGUAGAAUUUUCAGGAAAGAGAAGAAAUGGACUCAAGAAAAUUUUAGUUGAGAGGCAAAAAUAAAAUAUCACCUGAAAAAAAAGUGUGAGGAUUGGUUUUCAUGUGUAGAAUUUUCAGGAAAGAGAAGAAAUCAACUCCAGAAAAUUUUAGUCUAGAGAUAAAAAUUAAAUAUCACCUGAAAAAAUAGUGUGAGAAUUGGUUUUCAUGUGGAGAAUUUUCAGGAAAGAGAAGAAAUUGACUGAAGGAAAUUUUAGUCUAGAGGUAAAAAUGUAAUAUCACCUGAAAAAAAAAAGUGUGAGGAUUGGUUUUCAUGUGGAGAAUUUUCAGGAAAGAGAAGAAAUGGACUCAAGAAAUUUUUUAGUCUAAGCGUAAAAAUUAAGUUUCCCCUGUGAGAAUUGGUUUUCACAUGAAUUUUCACUUUUAGAACCAUUUUGGCGUGAAUAUUCUCGACACUUUCCUCAGAUUUUACCAAAGAAAAACAGCUACUCCAGAAAAUUUUAGUCUAGAAAUAAAAAUUAAAUAUUGCCUUAAAAUCGGUGACAAUUGGUUUUCGCAUGUAGAAUUUUCGCUUUUAGAACAGUUUUGGCGUGAAUAUUCUCGACGCUUUCCUCGGAUUACCAAAGAAAAACAGCUACUCCAGAAAAUUUUAGCUGUGAGAUUAAUAUGAAACACCGCAAGAAUGAAAAAGAAAAGUGCGAAAUUCGGUUUUCAUUUUUAGAACACGACAAUUUUACCGUUUUAUUUAUUUUUACUUUGCUUUGAUUUUACACUUUCCAUUUUUCCAGCACACCAUAAUUUUGUGCUUCAGGUUCGUGUUUCCUGGUCACGGUCUUGGUUGGCAGCCCCCUUUGUUAUUGAUUGCAGAGUAGCCUUUAACUCAGCACUCGGUUUCCUAUCUCUUCUAUCUACAGAAAAAAAAAUACUCUUCCACAACUCUAUCUUUCUCUCACCUAUUUGUGUCACCUACUUAAAGCUGCAUACAAAUUGGCAAACAUACCCUAUAAUACCAUUUCUCAACCUUAUCCGACUUGAGCCUGCUUGUGGUUAGUUCAGGGCUGGUGGUAGACUAUUGCAAGCUGAAGCCUUUUCCUAUCAGCCACUCAACCUGAUUUCACCAACCACUUAUAACUGUUCUCAAAUCCGUGGUUAAGAAAUGCUGAUGUACCUAAAGAGAAGGGGACUUGUAAUGAUCUUGAGAAACAUACACAAACCUGAAGGAGUGGAUAGAGUGGAUCAGGAGUGUCUCGAGGAGUAGGAAUGAUGUGGAAUGUGUCAGCGUUUGCGUCGGAGAGUCUUGAUUGUUCGUUACCUCAGAAUAACAAAGGAUUCCAGGGACGGUGUUUGGACUCAAGGUGUUUAGAUUGUCACUACAGGUGCCAUGUGGUAGCUACUGUGUGUGUGUGUGUGUGUGUGUGUGUGUUUGUGUGUGUGUGUGUAAAGACGAAGGUAUGUAGAUUGCAGGUUUUGAAUCUCAUAAUCACACUCACACACACACACACACACACAUACAAACACAAAACAUAUUCUAUUUCUGGCUUAUCAUUUGUGUAGAUAUGCUUGAAAUGGAGAGAAUUACGUGUGUGAGCGUGAAAGUACAUACUAUAAAAAUAAAUAAAUAAACGAAAUACCUUGGGGGCAAUGCUGGGUACACACAAACUCGCACACUGUUUUUUAUACAUUAAGUUGGUACGAUAAUGUUGAUUUUAUAUAUAUUUUAAAAAGGGAAAACUAACAUACUGGGGUACCAUUAUAAUCAAAAUAGAGAUUAACCUAAAGAAUUAAGUCUUGAAAAUGUAGAAAGUUACGGGGUCAUUUUGAGACUAAAGAAAAAUAACUUAUAACUUUAAACAUUUAUUGGGGUGGUUAUUGUAGGUAAGAGAGAGAGAGAGAGAGAGAGAGAGAGAGAGAGAGAGAGAGAGAAACAGAGAGAGAGAGAAACAUUACCCUUCUGCCUUGCUUAAAAAUAGAUCAUAGAGUUAAUUGAAAGAAAUAGAAUAUGAAAGCCAUAGAUAGUGAAUUAGUUAGUAGCAUAAGGAAUAGUUCAAAGGGAAUCAAUUGUUGUACUAAAUUAUUAUAUUCUGAAACACUCAUUGGUGACUACUACAUCUAAAUUAAGUGCAAUUAUAUGAUAAGUACUAAAAGCUUUGUUAGGGUGGGAGGGAGAGGGGAAGGAAGGGGGUGAGAAGAGGGAGAUAAUAGGAAGGGAAGGAAAAUAAAUUAAAUUAGAAGAGAGAAGAGGAAAAUAGUAGAACGAAUGAGAAGAGGAGAAGAAAGGAAGAAGAUUAGAUGAGAAGAAGCAGAGAGAGGAAUUAAGGAUAUGUAAAAAUAGGGGAGAGAGGAAAAUGAAGAAAAUAAAAGACUGCAUGAGUAGGAGGGAGAGGGGAAGGAAUGAGUGAAUAAGAAGGGAAAAAGAUAAUGGAAAGGAAGGAAAAUAGAUGAGAUUAGAAGAGAAAAGAGGAAAAUGGAUAGAAUGAGAAAAGAAGAAGAGAGAGAAAUUAAGAACAUGUGAAAAUAGGAGAGAGAGAAAGGAAAAUGAAGAAGAUAAGACUGUAUGGGUGGGAGGGAGAAAGGGAAGAAGGGAUGAGUGGACGGGAAGGAAAAAAUAACAGGAAAGGAAGGAAAACAGAUUAGAUUAAAGGAGAGAAAAGGGAUGUGUGAAUAAAGUGGAUGGAAAGGAAAAGAUUAGAGGAAAGGAAGGAAAACAGAUUAGAUUAAAAGAGAAGAGAGAGAAUGAAAAUGAGGGAGAAUGAUAAUAAUAAUAAUAACACUGAAUAUGAGAGAUUGAAUGAGAAUGAGUGAGAGUGAAUAAAAUGGAUAAGAAGGGAAAGAUAAGAGGAAAAUAGAUGGAAUGAGAGGAAGAACAGAAAUUAAGGAUAUUUGAAGAGAGGAGAGAGAGAAAGGAAGAUGAAAAGAGAGAGAAUAGGGAGAAGGAAAAGGAAAAUAAAAGAAAUUGGAAGAGGAAAAGGAGAAAAGAAAACUGAAUGGGAGGGAAAGAAACAGUACAAGAGGAAAAGGAAACUGAAUGGGAGGGAAAGAAACAGGAUAAAAAGAGGGAAAGGAGGAAAAGGAAAAAAAAUAAACUGAGCGAUAGGAAAAAAAGGAGGGAAGGAGAGAAUAGAAAAAAAAGGAAGGGAAAGAAUAAAGAAAAUGGUUGAAUUGUAAUAGUUAAAUGUGCCUCUUACUACAAUUAGAUUAGAUAAGGAUAUGGAUUAUAGGGUGAUAGGUAUUAGAGAGAGAGAGAGAGAGAGAGCGAGAGCGAGGAAGGGAGAGAGAUUUUUUAUUUCAUUUUCUCAUUUGUUCUGUAUAUUUCAUUUUCUCAUUUGUUCUGUAUAUUUCAUUUUCUCAUUUGUUCUGUAUAUUUUCUCCUCAAAUUUGCGCCCAGAAAAGAAAUACUAACCAAAACAACCAGUGCAGAGUCUCAACCAAAAUUACGUCACAUCAGAAUUCCCAGAUAAGGGGAUUGAAACCUCCUAUCAAAGGGGAUUAGAGCUAACAUGUCAUUUCAGCAUACUUGUGACCUAAGAAUUACUACACACUCCCUCUCUUUCAAUCUGUGUAUCUAUCUAUUUCAUUUCUAGCUCUUUUCUUUUUGUUUAUCGUAAUCUCUCUAUAUUUAUCUAUCUCUACCUAUCUAUCUAUCUAUCUAUUCACCUAUGUUAUAUCUAUCUAUCUUUAAUUUGUUGCUCUUUCCUUUAUGUUUAUCCUAACUUUCUCUCUCUCUCUCUCUCUCUCUCUCUCUCUCUCAUGGGCGUAAUUGUUUUCCUUAUCAGUCAGUCAGUCGGGUGUUUUUUUUUUUAUCAGCUAAUUGGGCAAGUUACUUUAAUUUAAUCCUUUACCCUUGUUUGUAUUUCCUGGAGUCAGUUUAUUUUAUUUUUAUUUUUUUGGUUGUUUAUUUGUUUAUUUAUUUAUUUAUAGCAUGAUUGGAAAGGUUAAAGAAAUGUGUGUGCGUGUGUGUGUUUGUGUGUGUGUUUAGAUUUGAGGAUCUACGAGGAAGCAGAAAAAAUUGCUUGCACUGUUGAAUUGUGGGGUUUAACUCUCUUUUAUCUCUCUCUCUCUCUCUCUCUCUCUCUCUCUCCAUUUUCCUCUUCUCCUCCCUUCCUCUCUCUCUCUCCCUUCCUCCCUCCCUCCCUCUCAUGUCCUUAUAUUUCACCACAACAGUACAGGAAAUAUAGGAAGUGACACAAGAGUUGGUAAUUCUGUUGGGCAUUCACUCGUCUCAUGUUGGUGUUAAGAUGAUAGAGAAACAAAAGUGGGCGUUGUUUGUGCUUGAAAAGGAAGGAGGGUGACUGAUUCCUGUUAUGUCAUGUUUUGAGAUUAGAAAGGAAGGAAGGUUAAGGAAAAAAAACAAAAGGAAGAUAAUUGUGUUCGGUGACAAAUAAGAGAAAGCGUGUAUGUUUGUAUAUGAACAGGAAGGAAGGGAGAUCAGUCAAGCCAUGUUUUUGAGGUUAGAAGGGAAGUAAGUUAAAGGAAAGAAAACAAGGAAGAUAAUUGUGUUUGGUGACAAUAAGAGAAAGUGGGUAUGAUUGCGUAUGAGCAGGAAGGAAGGAAGACCGAUUGCUGUAAAGUUAAGCCAUGUUUUUGAGGUUAGAAGGGAAGGAAGUUGAGAGGAGAGGAAACAGAGGGACGAUAAGUGUGUUUAGGCGUCAAAUAAGAGGAAGUCGGUGUGUUUGUUUGGGGAUAGGAAAUGAGGGAGACAUGUAGUGCCGUAUUCUCAAGCAUUUCAUCUCCCAAGUUCACAAGAGUUUCGUAUAAGCUGUGGGCAUUUCCAGGGGUAGUUUUAUGACCCUGGUGGUAGUUUGACUCUUCCUCUGUACCAUGAACCUAAAGAAACACUCAUUAGAACCUGAUUAAUCCCCUCUCUGACCCUUAGAAAUAGGUGAUGUGAAAAGCGAAAGUGUCUUGUGAUACUGGCUGUAGCAUUGUAAAAUUUUGUUCUUUUAAUGAGACUAUCGAAAGCAAGGAAGAAAAUAGCGCCAUGGAAAGAGACAGAAUGGUAAUAGUGUUGAAGUGAUAUAAAGAGAAAGUGAGUAGACUUCAUGUAAGGAAAGGAAAUGAGUUAGGAUUGUGGAUCAUAACCUUCUAUCCUUUUUAAUGAGAUCGAGGGAAGAAAGGAAGGAAGUAUUAGGAAAGGAAACAAGAAAAUGAUGAUAUGUUUAGGUGACGUGAAAAGGGAAAGUGGACUAGUUUGUAUAAGAACAGGAAAUGAGAAAGGAAGGAAAGACAACCUACUAAAAACAUGAAAAAAAUAGAAAGUUAGGAAAUACAAGGAAAAGAAACAAGAGAAUGAUGAUAAUAAGGUUUCAGUGACGUGAGAAGGGAAAGUGGACUAGUUUGUAUAAGAACAGGAAUAGAGAAAAGAAAAAAAGAUAACCUAAAAAAAAAAAAAAUAGAAA